CCGGGCCGCGGGCUGCAGGCGCGGACUGGAGAUUUCUUACCUCUAAGGCUUUUCCAGCCAUGCAUCUUGCUACUCACAUAACUUUCCUGUAUUCUUGGCAAAAGACUCAGGUGUAUUCACAUUCCUGAUCUCUGUGUUUUGGUUCAAACACCUGAACGUACCACCCUGGGAGCCAAAACGAUACAGUAAAGGAAGAUGACUCUUUGAGGGACUGACUCUAUGGAGAGGAGUCCAUAACUGGUACAUGGGAGGAGAAUGAACCCUCCAAAUGGAUUUUCUCCACAUGCAGUGGCAUGUAUUACUUCGAGCACAGAGGGCAGAGUACUACAGGACCAGCAAGUGAAGAAGGCUGGUGGAGCUAUGAGGAAGGAGGCUGGUGACAGCAGGGUGCUUGCACUUGAGGACCAUCCAGACAUAGAAUCCUUUUUAAAUGACACCUUAAGGUUUCCCCCUGAUGAAAUCAAACCCAAUAUGAAGAUUAAAUCUGUCACCCCGAAGCCUCCCAGGAAACCCAGGCUGGCGCGAGCAUCAUCUCUUGAUGAGAAAAGCUGGAGGAGGAGGAGAGUGUUUAGAACGAGUCAGGAAAAUCUGAUCGAUCCCAGUGAGACAAGCUCCUCCAAUGGCUCUCUCCAGGAGUCGUCCCUGAGUCCUCCCACCAGGAGCAGAGUGGUACUCAAUGGUGAUCAGGGUUCUUUGCACAACUUGCAGGAUGCCUCGGAACCGAGCCCUUAUGGGAAGAACAAGGGUAGCAUUUCUGAUUCCGAGAAACAGGUCUCUGAGGUUCCCAGUGUCUCUGCGGGGCUUAUGCAGGGGAAAGAAAUUUCAGGCAGCAAACCCCGGCUGUCCAAAAUAACACCCCCUCGACCGCUGCCCCCCCUGGAACUCAGCAUGGCCUCUCACGUGCUGAGGACAGCUAAUAGGAUCGACUCAGAUUAUAUGGAUUACCAACAUUAUUCUCAGAGCAGGUCUGAAAGGUUGAGCAGCAGCCUGAGUGACACCGGUCUUCACAACAGCGGGAUGGUCUGCGAUAGCAGUUCAACAGACUCCAUGAAGUCUACGUUCAGCCUGCUCACCCCUCUUCGUGCCAAGGAUGUUCGAAACAGAAGCUAUUUGGAAGGCAGCCUUCUAGCUAGUGGUGCAUUGCUGGGAGCAGAAGAACUGAGCAGAUAUUUCCCUGAUCGGAGCAUUGGGAUAUUUGUGGCCACCUGGAACAUGCAAGGCCGGAAGGAACUUCCAGAGAAUCUGGAUGACUUCUUGUUCCCAUCGGAUCCUGACUAUGCCCAGGACAUGUAUGUUAUUGGCAUUCAAGAAGGCUGUCCAGACAGAAGAGCGUGGGAGAUCCGUCUGCAGGAGACGCUGGGGCCCCAUUACGUCAUGCUGUACUCAGCUGCACACGGAGUUCUCUACAUGUCAGUGUUCAUAAGAAGAGACCUCAUCUGGUUCUGCUCAGAGGUGGAAUACGCCACUGUGACCACUCGCAUUGUGUCUCAGAUCAAAACCAAGGGAGCCCUGGGAAUCUGCUUCACGUUCUUUGGGACUUCCUUCCUCUUUAUCACGUCCCAUUUCACAUCGGGGGAUGGUAAAGUGUAUGAGAGGAUACUGGACUACAAUAAAACCAUCCAAGCACUUGCACUUCCCAAGAACGUCCCAGAUACAAAUCCCUAUCGAUCCAGCCCUUCCGAUGUCACAACUCGGUUCGACGAGGUGUUCUGGUUUGGAGACUUCAAUUUCCGACUAAACAAGGAUCGUGAGAACGUGGAGUCAAUCCUGAACCAGCAUCUAGAAAAAGAUAUGUCCAAGCUACUGCAGUAUGACCAGCUCAUUAAAGAAAUGAAUGAUGGGGCUAUUUUCAAAGGGUUCCAGGAGGCUGCCAUUCAUUUCCGCCCUUCCUAUAAGUUCGAUAUAGGGCAGGAUAGCUACGACACCACUUCCAAGCAGAGGACGCCUUCGUACACGGAUCGAGUGAUCUACAGGAGCCGUCACAAGGAUGACAUCCAUGCAGUGAAGUACUCCUCCUGUUCCGUGGUCAAAACGUCAGACCACAGGCCAGUGUAUGGGCUGUUCCGCGUGAAAGUGAGACCCGGCAGAGACAACAUCCCGCUUGCUGCAGGGCAGUUUGACAGAGAACUUUAUUUAAUCGGAAUAAAGAGACGAAUUACAAGGGAACUUCAGAAGCGGCAGGAGAUAAAGGACCAAAAAUCCAGCCGAGUCUGUACUGUUUCCUGACCUUAAAGCCCAGCAACAAGCUUGUAAAUGGUGCCCGAAUGGAGGAUUUUAGACCCAGGCAAAGAUGACUUGAUUCCAUGUCUGCAGAGGUACAGCUCAAGAGGAAGGGGUCUUGGUUUGAGCACCAGCAUGACAGUUGAUGUGGCCUGUACCAAAUGUCUUAAACUUCAGCUCUCACGUUUCAUUUGCAUGAGCUAAUCCAAGGAACUUGAGUGCUUUUGCUGAAGAGGAAGGGAGUAAAUAUUCCGAACAGAUGCCCCUGCUUAUUCAAUCAGGUCACUUUUAGCAAAACUUCCUUUGCAAGCAGCAGGAUGCAGUUAGGUGGCAAUGCUGGCCAUACCAAAGACAAGAUGCCCCAUUGGGUGCAUUGUAUUAUGAGUGGUUACUCAAGGACAUUUUUCAAAAAGGAGACAAUUGUGGUUCCAUCUGUUUUAUUCAGUCUGUUCUGGAUACUUGCUUUGUAAGUAUCCAUCUCAGGAGGGCAUUGAUGUCAGCUGUUUAUUUCUUUACGUAUAGCCAAAUGUACAGUAUUCUGUAAAAUACCUAAGGGGACGAAUGAGAGAACCUGAGCAGUCUCUCUCCCAGCUUGAUGCUUGCUCAUAAUAGUUUUGCUGUUGUGGGCCACUGCAGCAAGAUCUGUAUGGAUGUACAGUAAUCAAGGUGCAUUUGAUAUGGCCUUUUA